AUGGAAGUUCCAAUGAAGUACAUCUGCUUUCUAAUGCUUUUCGUUACUCUAGGCAUUGCUGUGAUUGAUGGGGCUGGUGAAUGUGGGACAUCUUCUCCUGACAAGGAGGCUUCGAAGCUGGCUCCCUGCGCAUCAGCGGCACAGUAUCAGAAAGCUAGAGUUUCUGACAGGUGUUGCAGUCAGGUGAAAAAGAUUUCCCAGAACCCAAGAUGCCUUUGUGCUACUAUGCUUUCUAAUACAGCUAAAAGCGCCGGAGCUAAGCCAGAGGUUGCAGCGACCAUUCCCAAACGCUGCAAUAUUGCUAAUCGUCCAGUGGGAUACAAGUGUGGAGCUUAUACGUUUUCCUGA